UUUCCCGAGCCUUAGUACUUGCUGAAACAUUCGCUGGAAGCUUCGAUUUCUGCACCUGUACCUGUCUUUCUUGAUCUCGUUUAUGACCAGUUGAUCAAGACAUGCCACCAUCAUUAACAUCAUCACCCCGUCGCCAGCGGGCAGUGCCUACUAUUGAGUUUCUGAAAGACCGACUGUAUCUUGCUGCAAGUGACUCGGAACCUCACGAUACAGACUCAGCGGCGUAUUUUACUGUCGACGAUGCACUGCCUUAUAAUGCCUUCCAUCAUGACUUUGGUCCUCUGCACAUUGGCCAUCUCUAUAGAUUCGCGAUGGCCCUUCAUGAAGUUCUAGCAGAGGAAGAAAAUAAAGAGAAAUCCGUUGUAUUCUAUUCUCACACCAAUCCGCGCUCCAGAGCAAAUGCUGCCUGUCUCCUCUGUUGCUAUAUGGUUCUGAUACAGUCAUGGCCCCCCCAUCUUGCGCUAGCUCCUAUUGCUCAAGCCGAGCCUCCAUUCAUGCCAUUCCGUGAUGCUGGAUAUUCGGUGGCGGAUUUCACAUUGUCGAUCCAGGAUAUCGUAUAUGGAGUCUGGAAAGCUAAAGAUAAAGGGUUAUUAGAUAUGAGAGAAUUCAAUCUGGAAGAGUAUGAAACGUACGAAAGAGUGGAAAUGGGUGAUUUCAACACAAUUCCACCUCACUUUGUCGCCUUUGCCUCACCACAGUAUAAUAUCGCACCUGACCAAACACCACAAAAGCAGCCUCUGGCUGUGCGCAACGUACUGGAUUUCUUCGUCGAGAACGGGGUUGACGUGGUCGUGCGUUUGAACUCGCCAUUGUAUGAUAAGCGACUUUUUGAAAACCGCGGGAUCAGCCAUGUCGAUAUGAUCUUUGAGGACGGAACAUGUCCCGAGAUGGACACUGUACGGAACUUUAUCGGAAUCUGCACGGAAGUGGUGGACGAGAAUAAGAUGAUUGCAGUGCAUUGCAAGGCCGGACUUGGCCGGACCGGUUGUUUGAUCGGAGCAUACCUGAUUUACCGGUACGGCUUCACCGCGAACGAGGUGAUUUCAUACAUGAGAUUCAUGAGGCCAGGAAUGGUUGUUGGUCCCCAGCAACAUUGGCUGUACCUGCAUCAGCAGGAAUUCCAAGAAUGGAGAUACACGAUGGGACUCGGAUCGCCCUCGUCGCUAUUGGCAGGCCACAGACCUCUCGUGCCACUGUCAUCUCUCAAGGACAGAGUUGGAAGUCCGCGGACGCCAGUCAGAAAUAUUCUGGGCGAGGUCGAGAAUAGUGCUUCGCUGCCGGCGCCUACACCGGGCCAGCCACGGAAAUCACCGCGAUCGCGUUCGGUGUCGGCUGCGGUGGGUAACAACAGCGAGAACGAGGAUAUAUUACCGACGGAGAUCAUCGGUAAGAAACUGAUGGAUGAUGAUGAUCUCGUGAUGGAAGAUGGGCCAAAGGAGAGUCUGGUAGUGCGGAAGACACGGUCGGCGAGCGCGUCGCCUGCGCGCCGUGCAGUUAGCUACUCGGCAGUGACGACGACGACAACGACGAUGAUGACUACUACCACAACUAUCAGUCCGCGCAACGCCAGCAAUGCUGCUGGGCGUGUGAGAGGCGUUUCAGGAACUAUCUCAAUUGAAAAGGGAGCGAAGGGGCCGUCGGGAGGAGUCCGCAAGGUGAGCGCGCGGACAAAGAGGGUGUUGUAGGUGUUGUAAUAGGUCUGGCAAACAUACCGGGUAGUACAUAGUUUAUAUUGUUCUAGAGUCAGGUUGCUGUUGGGUUGAUUGUUCGAUUCAUUGAUUAUCAGUUUGUUUGUUCGUUUGCGUUCAUGUUUGAUUGAUUGAUUGUACAGUAACCGCAUUUUUUUACUUGAAUUACUGAAAUUUUGCCCUCUGAGAAGUCCUUCAAUAUGACAGAAGCUCGCUUCCUGGGCGGCUCGUGCACCACUUUCGAGGUGCCAUUUCCGAGCGGGGACCCGCGACGGAAACCCUAGAUUAAUUCAUUGUGAGCAGGAGGAGGAGGAAGCAAACCGAACAAAGCUCUUCCGUAACAUAUUUUACUUUGUCACCCACCAACUUAGAUUCAUCAUAAGCUCUGCUUCCAAGUUG